AUGUGCUUACAGAACCCGCAGCGUCGCCAAGCUCGUGAGCGCAGAGAUUACCUCUACCGAAAAGCUCUGCUUCUCCGCGAUGCUUCGAUAGCGGAGAAGCGCGCAAAGCUAAGGGCUUCUCUCGCGUCCGGAAAACCACUAGAUCCGUCCGUAGCUAAUGACAAGACGCUGCGCGAGGACUUCAAAUACGACGAAUCUCUUCCAUCAUCUUCGAAACUGGGAGACGCCAACUCCAAAGAUUCCGACCUUCUUGACCUCGACGACGAAUAUGUUCUCACCUCUGGCAUCGUUGAUCCUCGUCCUCUUAUUACAACCUCUCGCUCCCCUUCCGCACGGCUCAGCACGUUUGCGAAGGAGAUGCGAUUACUCAUUCCAACGUCAAUACGGAUAAAUCGAGGAAACCUAGUCAUCCCCGAUCUUCUAGCAAGCGCCAAGGCAUCCGCUCUCUCCGAUAUGAUCGUACUGCAUGAGCAUCGUGGUACACCCACAGCUAUAACCAUAUCUCACCUCCCCCAUGGCCCAACGGCCAGCUUCUCUUUACACAAUGUCAUGUUACGAGCAGAUAUUCCCAACUCCGCACGUGGAACCGUUUCAGAAAGCUACCCUCAUCUAAUUUUUGAAGGGUUUACUACUAAACUGGGUGCCCGUGUCGUCAAAAUUCUGAAGCAUAUUUUUCCCCCACGCGAAGUCAAUGGGAAACUUGGAAGCAGAGUUGUCACUUUCGAAAACAUAGAGGAUAGUAUAGAAGUACGGCAUCACGUGUUCGUUAAGACGGGAUACCAGUCUGUUGAAUUAGCUGAAGUUGGACCGCGAAUGACGAUGAAACUAUUCCAAAUUCGGGGAGGGACAUUGGAGAAAGAUUCCGGUGGCGAGCUUGAAUGGGCACUGAGUCAAUAUACGAGGACAAGUAGGAAGAAGGAUUAUUUGUGA